GGGUGGAAUAUAAAUCCAAUCUCUUCUUCUUCUUCCUUCCUUCCAACAUCUGACGUCUAUGUCUGGCUGCUCUAUGUGGCCCUUACGUGAAGCAAGUUUGGCCACCCAGGGACAGGCGUCCGCCAGCCGCCUCCCUUGGCUCUGCUGAUUUAGGCAAACAAAACCACUGCCCCUGCCCGUCAGGCCGGCGUUGCCAAGGGAGUGAUGUGUUGCCUUGCUGGUGUGCCACUCGACCGCAAACCCGGGCUCUGUUGCUUGCCAGCUCGGGACAAGCACCGUUGGGCUGGGGACACGGUGAUGGACGGAGCCUGAGAAAAUCUUCUCGCGCUGACACAGACUUGGGCUUCUGGUUCCCGGGCUCCCGUUGCCAACUGGGCCCUCUUUGUCGUGCAGGGGUGCCAACAGCUUGGAGAAGUUGACGGGCCCCGAGCGGAGCAGAGAGACGGUGAACAUCAGGGACAUGGAGCUGAAAGAAGAGUGGCAGGAUGACGAAUUCCCCCGGCCCCUUCCAGAAGAGGUCUCCGAAGAGGACUUUGAAGACUGCAGUUUAGACAGCCCAGCGGUUGCCCCCAACACCCUGGAGCUGUGUGGCCGUCGGAGGAUGAAAAAGCGCCUUGCUGCACCCGAUCUCGGCGAGGGCACCGUCAGGUCUGGCGAAUCCCCGCUGCACACGCCAGACGGCAGCCUGGACAUCAACGUGGACGAGCUUGAAACACCGUCUGACAGUGAACUGCAGGAGGGCUCAGAGAACGGGCAUGAGUAUGAAUGGGAAGACGACCUCCCCAGGGCUCAGCGGCUGGACGACAGCCUGUCCAAGAGAUUUUGCUCCGACCGUGUGGUGGACUUCAUCAACCAAGACGGGCAUACGUGGCGGGUCUUCCGGUUGGACGAGAGGGAACAGAAAGUGGACUUGGGCGCCAUCGGGCCCUACAAGCGGGUCAUCUCCCACGGAGGUUAUUAUGGAGAAGGCCUCAACGCCAUUAUUAUGUUUGCCUCCUGCUACUUACCGGAGAACACCAUCCCCGAUUACCCCUAUGUCAUGGAGAACCUCUUCAGCUACAUCAGCAGUAUGCUGGAGCUGAUGGUGGCGGAGAACUACACGCUGGUGUGCUUGAACGGCGCCACCCCCCGCAGCCGGGUGCCUCCAUUCGCCUGGAUCAGACACUGUUACCAGACCAUUGACAGGCGACUCCGAAAGAACCUGAAGUCCUUGAUUCUGGUGCACUCCACCUGGUACGUCAAAGCACUGAUGACCGUCCUCAAACCAUUCAUCAGUUCCAAAUUCAGCCGGAAGCUGCAAUUUGUCAAGAGCCUGGAAGAGCUGGCCCGGAUCAUUCCAUUGGAACAAGCGCACAUCCCCGAAUGCGUCCGCCAAUUGGAUCGAUCCAGGAACGCUUCCGGAACCACCAAUAGAUGACCCCGGCUGUGCCUUCUUGUAAACCGAUGAACAUUUUAUGUUAUGUCAGUCAUUUAUUCCUUUGUAAUGGAUUUUAAAAGGCCCAUUCACUUGACCGGCCUGUCCUUUUGGAAAAGCGAA